AUGCAUGCUAUUGAUGAGAUGAAUAGAGUAUUUGAACAUUUACAUGGACGACUUGAUCAACGUUUUCGACAGCUUAUACAACAAGUUAAUAAUCAUUCAAAUUCUAUGAGUCAUACAUUUUCUCCAAUUAAUAAAAUAAAAUUGGAAGAAAGUAUUAAUAAUUUUGGACGUUUAACAAUAUCAACAUCUCUUGAUGAUGUGCGAGUGAUGACUAAUAUAACAUCGACACCAUAUGCUACACACAGUAUUUCAUCAAUACAACGACAACCGAUGAAAAAAACAACAUCAACAUCAACAAUUACAGGUGAAAAUAAUGAUAAUUAUCGAAUAAUUGGUAAACAUGGAAGACAACGAGGACAAUUUAGUAAUCCACAAGAUGUAUUAAUUCUUUCAAAUCCGAAUCGAACACUUCUUGUUUCGGAUACAAUCAAUCAGAAUGUACAACUUUUCUCACAAGAAACUGGAAUUUGUACAGGUACAUUUGUAUCAUCAACAAAUACAAAACAAACUUCACUUCGUCGUCCUAUUGGUUUAUCAAAUACAUCUGAGAAUAAUUCAACAUGUUUUGUUACAGAUUAUGAUCAACAUUUUAUCAGUCGUUGGACUAUUGAUGAAAAUGGCAAUGGAAAAUUAGUAAAACAAUUUGGACAACAAUCAUUAAUAGGUCCAAAAGGACUUUGUGUAUCGAAUCAAUCACAACGAAUUGUCGUAGCCGAUAAUAAAGCAAAUUGUAUAUGUUUAUUUGAUUCAUCUGGUUCAUUUUUACAUCGAUUUGGAAGACAAGGAUGUGAAUUACAUGAAUUAGCUGGUCCACAUUAUAUUCGAUUUACUGAACAGGAUAAUGAUCGACAUGUAAUUGUAACAGAUUUUCAUAAUAAUUCUGUAAAAAUAUUUGAUAUUGAACGUCAGGGACAAUUUCUAACAAGUUUUGGUUCAGUUGGAACAAAAAAUGGGCAAUUUCAAGCACCAACUGGUCUAGCUAUUGAUUAUGAACGAGGUUAUAUAUUUGUAUCUGAUUGGGGAAAUAAUCGCGUGCAAAUCUUCGAUCGUCAAGGUACAUUUAUACGUAUUAUUGAACCAUCUACAACUGAUAUAUUCUAUGGACCUCAAGGACUUGAUUAUGAUCCAAUAAGUCAUACAUUAGCUAUAGCUAAUUCUGGCAAACAUUCAGCAGUUUUAAUUCAAAUUGAUUGA